GUCCGGCCCCUUCAGUUACAAUAUACAUGGAUUCUUCCAACACCUCUAACAACAACAUUCAUUUACAUAAUGAAAUUACAAGGAACACCACAGGAAGCCAUCGAGAAAGUCCACUAAAAAAACAGUUUCAGACGGCGCGAAGACGUGAUUCAAAAGCCAAGAAAUGCCCAGAAUUGAAAUUGUUCCGAACUCGGAAGGUCCCCUUCCGACGCUUCGAGCCGCACCCUCUAUCCCGGAAAUCUUUCUCUCAUUUGCAUCCGCAACGACACGGCAUCCUUCAUCUCCGGAAAGCACCCCAUUCUCCAAUCGCUAGACGCCAAAAUGUCAUCUCUCCUUGAUGGCUUUCCGACUAAGGCACCGUCUGCACCUACACAAAAACUCGGAUAUGCAGACGUCGCUGUAACAGCAACAGCAAAGGAGUUUGCUGGAUUCUAUCGUGGCAAGCAAUACCAUGAACCCGACUUCGACGCUGUCCUGGACCGCGCUCUAGCCGCUGGAGUCGAGAAAGUAAUGUUGACAGGCAUGUAUGCCGCUGACGUGCCCAUCAACAUUGCCAUCGCCCGCAAGCGGCCAAAGCAAUGCAAAGUCACUAUUGGUGUCCAUCCGUACCAUGCGGUUGAGGCAGACGAGGGUGGCGAGGAAUACUACGCGUCGGUUUCCGAAACCAUUUCCCGGAUUAUGGAGCAAGAGCCGCACGUCCUGGCCGCUUUUGGAGAACUAGGGCUCGACUACGAUAAGCUAGCUGCCGCCCCUAAAGAUGUGCAGAUCCGCGUGUUCAAGCGCCAGCUCGAUAUGAUUGUGGCUGCGGGAUGGAAACUACCCUUGUUUCUACAUUGUCGCGCUGCCUUUGAAGAUUUCAUCUCUAUCCUCGAGUCGUACUGGGAGGAGCUCCCCCUACGCUCCGGCUUGGUGCAUUCGUUUGUGGGGACUACGCAGCAGAUGCAAAAGCUCGUUAGCAUGGGCUUGCAUGUCAGUAUCAACAAUUUUGCGUUCCGGGAUAGAGAUAGUCUGGAGAUGAUUCGGGAUGUGCCGCUUGAGAAGCUGCAGAUUGAGACGGAUGCGCCGUGGGGUGAGAUUCAGGCGUCGAGUGAGGUUGCGAAGGCUUACUUGCAGAAUGCGACAAAGUGGGCUUGGGGGAGCAAGAAGAAGGAUAAGUUUAGUUUGGGGGAUAUGGUCAAGGAGCGGAAUGAGAGUUGUAGUAUGGAGAAGGUGGCGUUUGUGGUGGCUGGGCUGAAGGGAUUGAGCGUUGAGGAGGUGGCUGAGAGUGCGUGGGAUAAUAGUAUAACCAUGUUCUUCUUGCAACCAAUGGGUGCGUGA